AUGACCAACUCCUGCUGCUCCCCUUGCUGCCAGCCCACCUGCUGCAGGACCACCUGCUGCAGGACCACCUGCUGGAGACCAAGCUGUGUGACCAGCUGUUGUCAGCCCUGCUGCCAGCCCAGCUGCUGUGGCUCCAGCUGCUGCCAGCCCUGCUGUCAAACCACCUGCUGCAGGACCUGCUUCCAGCCAUGCUGUGUGAGCAGUUGCUGCCGCACACCCUGCUGCCAGCCCUGCUGCUGUGUGAGCAGCUGCUGCCAGCCCUGCUGCAAGCCCAGCUGCUGCCAGCCUAGCUGCUGCCAGCCCUGCUGCAAGCCCAGCUGCUGUAUCUCCAGCUGCUGCCAGCCCUGCUGCAAGCCCAGCUGCUGUCAGUCCAGCUGCUGCAAGCCCUGCUGCCAGCCCUUCUGCCUCAACCUGUGCUGCCAGCCAGCCUGCUCUGGACCUGUGACCUGCACCAGGACUUGCUACCAGCCCACAUGUGUCUGUGUGCCUGGAUGCCUGUCCCAAGGAUGUGGGUCCAGCUGCUGUGAGCCCUGUGGCUGUUGA